AAUUUCCCUCACUCUCUCAAUGCAGGCUGGGGAUGUCAUGAGUCUCUGGGAUACUCAGGCCAACUGACCAGAGACUUAAGAAAACCUGACCCACAAGAUAACAUUGAUCUCAUAAGUGAAUCCCAGAAAGGAGGAGAAUUCUCUACCUGCUUCACAGAGCUCCAGAAGCGCUUCCUCAGCCAUCGCUGCAGCAAGCUCAAAAAUCUGAUCCAAUUGGUGAAACACUGGUAUUCUCAGUGCAAGGAGAAAAUGGACUCACUCCCUCCUCAGUAUGCUCUGGAGCUCCUGAUUGUCUAUGCCUGGGAGCAUGGAAGCCAGGAAACUAAUUUUCCCAUAGCUUGGGCCUUCCACACAGUCCUGUACCUGAUCCAGAAGUACCCAGAGCUCAUGAUCUACUGGACCAUCAAUUAUGCCAUUCAUAAUGAAAUCAUCGCAGAUUACACAGGUACCAGAGGCAGGCCUCAACUCUCUGCCCUCCCUUUUAGGCCAGUGAUCCUGGACCCAGCUGACCCAACCGGUGAUGUAGGUGGUCGAAGUCGAUGGCACUGGGACAACCUGGCACAAGGAGUUCACCCAUGGUCAUCUGCCCCAUGCUUUCAAAACUGGGAUGGGACCUGGGUGCAGCCAUGGAAUGUGCUGCACCCCUCCUGCUCCUCCACCCCCAGACUCAUGGUCAUCUGAAGUUGGAAUCUGGAAGUCUACUCCUGAUCUGACCUGAAUGUUCCAGCUGUGCCCUGACCAUCACAGGCUUCCCUAAGACUGGCACUUCCCAUGGUCUUUGGGAUUUGGAAGAGUUCAAAGGUGUCCUCCUUGAUUCCACAUCUGUUACUCUAAACUAGAGCCCAGCACAGUUACACCCCCUCUCACAUCCCUUUUUAGUCCACCCCAAGGAAGACCAUUUCUGACAGAAUUUGAGCAGUGGAGUCCUGAGAACUAGUGCAGAAGAAAGACACACACACUCACCGAGUGUUUUUCCCCCCAGAACUGAACAGUGUACUCCCACUGGGUACAACUCUCACAGUGGGCCCUGGGGUGGUCACUUCCCAGGACCUCUUAGUGACUUUGGCUUCAUUAGAAAAUUCUAUAGCCUUUUAUUUUCACAGUCACAUUUCUGGGUCCUGUUGAGCUUUUACUAUCCUCAUUUGAUAGACAUAGCAACUGAGCCCCAGGGAAGGUCAAUGUCUUGAGUAAGUCAGUGGGAAAAGUGGGACUAGAAUUCAGGUGUCUCUACUCCCAGCCUGGGCAUCUCUCCACCUGACUUCCCCAGCUCAUUGCUGGAACCCAGAGGAACAAGUACCCAGGGAGUCCCUUUCACCCUCCAGCUGCUUCCUUAUCAAGAGCAGACACCCUCUCUAAUGCAAAUGUGCUUAUCUUAUGGUUUCUGGUGGAGCAGACCACGGAAGGCAGCAAGGUCUUGAACCUCAUGAAUGAGCCAUAGCUACAGGCAGAAUGCAUCCUGCUUUAUGUGCGAUGCUUAGGACCCUACAAUCACCACCACCAUGGGUUUAGCGAUUUUUGCUGCCUCUGGAACACAUUUUUGGAUUGGGCAAGAAAAUGCCAGUGUGACCCUGUAUGACUAUGGAGGGGUGGUGUUGGCAUGAGAAGGCACACAUUCUUCCUUCUUUCUUCAAGAGAGACACAUGGAGUUCCAGACUCUCUCUGAGUAGAGACCCAUUGAGAAAGCGAAAAGACUUUGCAAGUGACAAGUGUGUAGAGGAAACUAGCUCCUCCGUAUGUCCCAGAUUUUGAGCUUGCCUCCCUACCCUUUGGGAAAUUUCCCUUUAUUUGAGGUUGGGUGCUUUCUUAAAGAUCUUGUUCCCAGUGUAAGAGCUUAUUUGUUGUGUAUAUUUUCUGGCAUAUAUAAAUCUGUAUUUCUUUUCUGAUUUCUGUUUGCUGUUUACCAUAAGCAGAUGUAUUAGCUAUUCUGUAAUUCUGAUCAUCUUUUGUGUAACUAACAUUUGAUGGAAGGGUGCCAAGCCAGUAGAUAUAAACUUGGGGUGCUCUUUCCCUUUUAAUGGAUAGGAACCAGGGAAGUUAGUAGCAUUUUUUUUUGCUUUUAAAUCUAAAAAUCUUGCCCCUAGAUUUCUUUAAUAUUUAUUAAUUUAGUAAUCAUUUUACUAACUUAGUAAUUUUAAUAAUUUAGUAAUAUUUAAAGGGGAGCAGUUUGAGGUAAUUCUAAUCCAGUAUUCUUUCUCUCAGAGGAGAAAGGAGUGGCCAGCCUCAUGGCCUUUCUCCUGAACCCUUCUAGGCUUGAAACAGAAAAGUAAAGCAACUUCCUCAGGGACAAAGGAGUGAGCAGGAACUUACUUUGAUUAGUGAAGACGGGGACAGAGGAGGAAGUUUAGGUUUGGUGGGCAAUGUAUGAGUUCUGGAGCAGCUAGGUAGUGCAAUAGAUAGAGCUGGGCCUGAAGUCAG